UGAUUGUAUUUUAGCUUUGAUUCCCUUCUACACUCCUCUGAUUUCCCUCUCUAAACGGGUAACCUCCUCAUCUUUUCUGUGGUUUUUGGGCUCGUCCUUUGAUUUUUUUUCCCCGCCUGGUUUUCAGCUAAAGCUUGUUAUCCUCAAUAACUGGGAUACUUUAUUUUCCCAAUUUUCUUUGUUUUAAAGAAGAUUGUGGGUAUGAUUAAUUGAGCACCGAGAGGUAUUUUAACUUUCUGAGAGAUUUCUACAAUGGCAAACAACUCAACGGGGCAGCUCGUUGGUUCAGAGAUACAUGGAUUCCAUACAUUGCGAGAUCUGGAUGUUAGGAACACUAUGGAGGAAGCAAAAGGCAGAUGGCUUCGUCCUAAUGAGAUUCAUGCUAUACUUAGUAAUUCCAAGUAUUUCAACAUCCGUGUGAAGCCAGUGCAUUUGCCUCCAAGUGGUACUAUUGUAUUAUUUGACCGCAAGAUGCUUAGGAACUUUCGAAAAGAUGGAUACAACUGGAAAAAGAAAAAGGAUGGGAAAACUGUCAAGGAAGCUCAUGAACAUUUAAAAGUUGGUGAUGAAGAAAGGAUCCAUGUUUACUAUGCGCAUGGCCAAGAUAACCCAAGACUUGUGCGUAGAUGUUAUUGGCUUCUUGACAAGAGUCUGGAACACGUAGUGCUUGUUCAUUAUCGUGAAACAAAAGAGUUGCAGGGCUCUCCAACUACACCUGUAAAUUCAAAUUCUAGUUCAAGUUCUGAUCCAACUGCACCAUUGAUUUUAUCCGAAGAAUUGGAUUCUGGGACCAACAAUCCAUAUGCUGGUGAAAUUAAUGACAAUUCAAAACUCAAGAGUCAUGAGCAGAGGCUUCUUGAGCUUAACACGCUUGAAUGGGAUGAUCUUGUGGUUACAAAUGAUCUUAACAGUUCCACCACAUCUAUUGGAGCCAAGGUUUCAUAUUUUGAUCAACAAAAUCAGCCUUUGCUGAAUCGCAAUUUGAACAAUGUAAGCUGCAGUCUGUCUGCUGAAAUUCCUUCUCUUGAUGACAUAACACAACCUAUAACUGGGAGUGCACCUUAUAGUUUCCCAGAAACUAUAGAUCUUCUGACAAAAGAUAAUCAAGAAAAUCCAAAUCCGCAGAAGGGAUAUCCUGUCUCCGUGGGUGGUGUUGAUUCCUUGGACACUUUGGUCAAUGAUAAUUUGCAGAGUCAGGACAGCUUUGGAAGGUGGAUCAACCACAUGAUUUCUGAUCCGCAUUGUUCUGUGGAAGAGUCAUCUAUUGAGUCGCCUGUUAUGUCCAUUCAAGAACCAUAUUUCCCUGUAGAGGAUCAUCAGCAACCUCUGCCUGAAAAACUUUUUAACCUCACCGAGGUCUCGCCUGCAUGGGCUUAUUCCACUGAGAAUACCAAGAUCCUGCUCACUGGAAUCUUUCAUUAUAACUAUCUGCACCAUGAAAAGUCCGAUCUAUUUUGUGUCUGUGGUGAUGUAAGUGUUCGGGUUGAAAUUGUUCAAGUUGGGGUCUACCGAUGCUGGGUAUCACCACAUUCCCCAGGAUUCGUGAAUCUCUAUAUGAGCCUUGAUGGCCAUAAGCCCAUAAGCCAGGUUGUCAAUUUUGAGUAUCGUACUCCAAUUUUGCAUGAGCCUACAGCCUCUAUAGGAGAGACGUGCAACUGGGCUGAGUUUCGACUUCAAACGAGGCUUGCUUCUUUGCUUUUUGGUACUCAUAAGAGUCUUGAUAUUAUCUCUAAUAAAGUAUCACAUAAUGCAAUAAAUGAGGCUAGGAACUUUGCUUCAAAGACCUCAUUGGUUUCCAACAGUUGGCAAUACUUGCUUAAGUCAACUGAAGGCAACAAAACUCCAUUUCCUCGAGCCAAAGAUGCACUAUUUGAAACGUCCUUGAAAAACAGAUUAAAGGAGUGGCUAUUGGAAAGAAUUCUCUUGGGCCGUAAGACUACUGAAUAUGAUUCUCAAGGUCAAGGUGUAAUCCAUCUGUGCGCAAUUCUGGGAUAUAAUUGGGCUAUUUCAAUAUUUUCAGGAUCGGGCUUGUCACUAGAUUUUCGUGAUAAAUUUGGAUGGACAGCUCUUCAUUGGGCAGCAUACUGUGGAAGGGAGAAAACGGUUGCACUGCUGUUGUCUGCUGGGGCAAAGCCUAACUUAGUCACAGAUCCCACUCCACAACAUCCUGGUGGAUGUACUGCUGCUGAUCUUGCUUUCAUGAAGGGUUAUGAAGGCUUAGCAGCUUAUCUUUCAGAAAAAUCUCUGGUUGAGCAGUUCAACGACAUGAGCUUAGCUGGAAAUAUCAGUGGCAAACUGGAAACAAACACAAAUGAUCCAGCAGAUUAUGACAAUCUCACUGCGGACCAGCUAUACCUAAAGGAUACAUUAGCAGCUUACCGAACAACUGCUGAGGCUGCAGCACGAAUACAGGCUGCAUUUAGGGAGCACUCGUUCAAAGUACGAGCAAAGGCAGUUCAGAUUUUAAAUCCAGAGGACGAAGCCCGUAUGAUUGUUGCAGCAAUGAAGAUUCAGCAUGCCUAUCGCAACUAUAACACAAGGAGGAUGAUGGCAGCUGCAGGUCGCAUCCAGCAUAGGUUCCGUACAUGGAAAUUGCGCAGAGAAUUUCUCAACAUGCGACAGCAGGCUAUCAGAAUCCAAGCUGCUUUCCGGGGCUACCAAGUGCGGAAGCAGUAUCGUAAAAUUCUCUGGUCUGUUGGAGUACUUGAAAAGGCAGUCCUGCGGUGGCGAUUAAAGAGAAAAGGCUUCCGUGGACUUCAGGUAAAUCCUGUCCAACAAGAGCAAGAACCAAAGCUGGAAAGUGACACAGAAGAGGACUUCUUCCGGCUUGGUCGGAAACAAGCUGAAGAACGUGUGGAGAGAUCUGUAGUACGUGUUCAGGCCAUGUUCCGUUCAAAGAAAGCACAAGAAGAUUAUAGGAGGAUGAAGCUGGCUCACAAUCAGGCAAAGCUGGAACUCGAAUUAGAAGAGCUACUCAAUUCAGAGGUUGAUAUUCUAUAGAAGGCAGGCUGUGUGUGGCAAAAGGAAUGGUAUAUUUGUUUAAUCCCCAUUUUGUAUAGUUUGUAAUAUGCAUGUAGGGUGUAGAUGCUGUAAAUUCCAAGACCCCAGUGUAGAUUUGAAUUGAAUCUUCCUCAGCCCUUUCAAUUUGAUUUAAUAUCCUGAAAGGGUUGUUUGUGAAAUGUGAAAUUCUUAUGUGUAGACGGGAUUUCUAAGACAGACUUUUAAUGCACCAUCUAAGGUUACAUUGGGUGGCAUGCCUUUCUAGGGUUGAAUUGACAAAAUAAUUGUUGCCAGUUGCUACAAAUCUGCUGGAGGACUCUAUUAAUACCCAAUAUCCUACCUAAUUCAAAAGUUCUUCCUAA